UCUCUCUCUCCCCCUCUCUCUCUCUCUCUCUCUCUCUCUCUCUCUCACUCACUCACUCUCAGUCGCUGUGCUCUGACGGAUGGGGAUACACUGCCAAGAAGGACUUAGGGGCGAGAAGAGUGUGUUUCUUUUCUUCUCUGGUGUGUUUUCUUUCUCUUCCGCCUGGCUUCCCUCAUGAGCUGUUAAUUCCAGCCCCGGUCCUGACGAUGAGGAGGAUCUAUUUGUGAGGAAGACGCAACAAAGGAAGGACAAGGAACAAGGAGCAACAGGGUGGCAAAAAUUCUGCGAGCAGGAGUGAGCAAGAAGAUCUUUUCCUUUUCUCCAGGCUUAAGCAAGGAGUCUUGACUCCCAGCAGCAGCAGCCAUGUGAGAGGAGCCAUCAGCAAGCAGAGGAUGCCCACACCCAGCUAAAGCCAAGAAGCCCCCCUCCCCCUCCCUUCCUCCCUCCCUCCUUCCCUCCCUCCCUCCCUCCUGUGCCCUUCCUUCUUCCCACAUGAGGACGAGAAGAUGACUAUCACCAGCCGGCAGUCCUUCAAUGUCCUGACGGUCAUUUUCCUCCUGCUGUCCACUGCAGCCCUCUCAGCUCAUUACCGGGUGUGUGAACCUUACUCUGACCACAAGGGGCGUUACCACUUUGGCUUCCACUGCCCACGCCUCUCAGACAACAAGACCUACAUGUUCUGCUGCCACCACAACAACACCGCCUUCAAGUACUGCUGCAACGAGACUGAGUUUCAGAUGGUCAUGCAGGUCAACCUCACCAACACCUCAAACGGAUAUGCACACAAUAAUUAUACAGCCCUGGUCGGCGUGUGGAUCUACGGCUUCUUUGUCAUGGUGCUGCUGGCGCUCGACUUUCUCUACUACUCAGCCAUAAACUAUGAGCUGUGCCGGGUCUACCUGGAGAAAUGGGGUCUGGGAGGACGCUGGCUGAAGAAGGCUCGGAGUCAGUGGCACAGGUCCAUGCCAGAGGAGAGUGAGGCCCAAGCUCAAGCCCAGCCCAUGGUCCCCAGCCACUACCAGCCCCGACACAGCCUCCGAGGGGAGAGCCACAGCCCCACGCUCCUGCCCUACAACACAUCCACCGCAUGAAUGAUGCUGCGAGUGGACAAACAGAAGAGUAGCAACACCUUGUUCCCUUACAUGGCACGGAGGAGAUGCCCCACAGACGCCCCUCUCUGGACCACAGAUUCAAAGACUACUAGUGGGCUAGCCAUAAUGUAGUAGUUAGAAGUGACUACUGCCCCUUUCUAAAGAGCACAAAACACCCGUGGACUGACGGAAGCAGGCUGACAUGGCAUUUAGGAACCCAGCUGAACUAAGUUUGCAAGACACGCAGAGGACAGUACUGCUGCUGCCACAGCAAAGGAGUGACAAACACAUUCAGCUGCUCAAAGGUGUUCAGUGAUCCCCUGAAAUGGCUGCCAAGGCCUGGAGUAUCCCAAACAAAUCUGAGCUGAACUGGAUAAACUGUACUCGCAAGCGAGGAGGCUUGCCUGUUUUGGAAAAAAAGAAAAAAAAAAGCGAAUCUUUCUAGAUAUAAAAUGUUUAUUACACUGCUGUGUCAGUUUGUGUUCAGUAGCAGUUAGACACAGUUGUGGGUUAUCUAUUUGGUGAUUUAUUUAUGUGAACUAGUCAGAGAAAUAUAUGAGUGGUUAACAUUCGGAACAUGUUACAGCGUAGGUUGAUGCUGAGCAUCUCACUUAGAGUAGAAUGUUUGUUACUUACUGAAACCAGACGCAAAAUGUCUCUGCAGCCAUGUCGACAGACAGUAUCUUAUAUGACAUGUUUUAGGUUUCCUUUCUGCAAAACAAUUUCUCUAUAUUGUAACGUGUCUGAGAAGGACAUAACGCCAUACAGUUAAACUGCUGUAGAUCUAAAGGUUUUACAUUAGGUCGUCAAGAUAUUUCUUUGGUUUACAGACGCUGAGUAAAGGGAUCUUGAGUCUGAAUAAUUUCACCCAAAACAUUAAAAGGGGACCUAUUAUGCUUUUCUUUAUUUUCUGUCGCAUAUAUAAUGCUACAAUAUCAGAUGUUCAUAUUAAACAUGGCAAAAGUUUCAAAUAAUGAGGUGAAUGUACGUAAAAUUAAUCCCUGAGACAAAAACUUCCAUGAUGAGCUGCACAGAUUUCUUUAUAUGCUCCAAGCACAGCUCAUUCUCCCACACCAGUCUAGUUGAGUAGUAUUAUAGGCAUUUAAUGUACUCCAACAUACAAAUAACCAAUGGUGCAGGUUUACUAUACAGUCAUUUGGCGACAGCCAAAUAACAUUUUACUAGCAAAGUUAGCUUUUGUAUUUCUAGACAGCCGACAUUUUCCACUUCAGCAUUUUAGCACAUUUCCCAAGCGUGCAACUAUUAAGAAGUGAAUAUAUAGAAAACAUUUUAUAUAGGGAUUGUGAGUGAAGGACUAAAUCCACACAGAGGCAGGUAAUGAGUGUAAUAUUUACCAAACAGAGACUUCCUGCUGUAAUCUUGCAUAUGUUCGUGUUGUCCACUCUCAUAUUCCAGAUUUGAUUCAAGCUUGAACGUACACAGAUGCAUUUGAGAAGUUUCCAGUCAAUUAUGUUACUUAGUUUUAGUCACUAGUUACUUAGUUUUACAGUUUGCUUUCAGAACUGCCAACGUGGUAAGAGGAUGAGGCAGUGCUGACAAUCGUAAUGUGCGCUGCCCCUUGGCUGGCUUCCAGAUGUUCGGCCAAGGUGACUUUUAAGGAAGCCUCUUAAGGUUAAUAUCAUCUGUCUGUCAGAGGUUCAACUGAGGGGCUGCAUAACAGACAGUUGACAUAAAUAAGGACUUUUUUUUAAACUAUGAAUCAUGCAAAGCUACUCAGAUGGAGUCCCAGAAUAAAAAUAUAGAGCUGAAAAUGAGCAUAAUAGGUCUCCUUUAAUGAGAGUCAGGGAUGCCUUCAGAACAGUGAAUUGCUUUCUGCUACAUUAAAAAUAAUCUUAACCCUUUGCUAUGAGUCUACAACGCCAUUUGAGACCAUAACACAUAAAGUUAGUAUGUGACAGCUGCCUCGGUAAACUCAUCCAAUGACUUGUUUGCCCUUCCUCAUGACCAGAGCUGCCUGAAAGACAGGUCCAUUAGCAAUAUGAUGCAAAUGAAUAUCCAUUAGGUUCCUUUAUAAGGAGCACUCCAUAUCCCACAUUGCUAAUACACAAUUGUAAGCAAUUAGCCAUAAUAGAAAAUGUAAAGAAAUCCAUUGAAAUCCCCUUCACUGUCAGCAAUAAUGUACAGUAGCUUCAUAAAAAGAAUGACAUGGUUUGUAGAAGUCAGACAGCCGGCCAAAUGAGCACUGGGUAACCACUGAGGUGUAUAGCAGAGGUUUCAGCUUGGUUUACAUUUGAAAUAAAGAUGAAGUCGAUGAAAUACACAGUAUUUCUGGAUGAUGAACUCAUAUUGAAAAUGCUCUCCAUUCAACCAUUUCUGUGUCAGCUAUGUAGGGAGAAAAGUGAAAAAAAAAGAUCACUUUUUUAAAGAAAAGCUUCUACUUCAGGGCUGCAGGGCUUACUUAUAGAUUAAUCAGUCAAUUAUUGUCUCAGUUAAUUAGUCAUUCAAUUUAUAAAAUGACAGAAAAUAGUGGAAACUGCUUGUUAUGAUUUCCAACAGCCUGAGGUCAAGUAUUCAGCAGUCAGUUCACAAUCAUAUACAGUUUGACAAAGAAAAGCAUAAUCCUCACAUUUGGAACCAGAAAAUGAAAAAUUACUAAAAUGAUUAAUCAAUUA